UUGAUUUGAAUUAGAAUUUAUGAAUCAUUAAACCAGUAACACAUGAUUUCUAUACAGAUUUUAAAAUCAUAGAACAAAUAACACUAAAUUUAGUUUGGAUUUUGAAAUCCAUCAAAAUACACUAACCAGUCUUUUGCUCUCCAAAAAAGAAUUUCAAAACUUCAAAUUUAAAGUUUUAAGGAGUGAAACUUCAUAUCACUGCUCAAAACUCCAAAUUUGAAGUUUCAUAUUUUUAUUUGCAUUUUGGUCCAUAUAAUUAAUUACUCAUCACAUUUAUGAUUUUCAAGUAUUUUCACAUUUAUUUUUUUAUUUUUAAAAUUUUUUGUAUAUCAUAAAUAUUUCAAAUUUAUUUUAAAUAAAUUUAAUUUUACACAUAAAAUUAAAUAAUUUUUUUAAAUAUGAUUUAUAAUAUUUAAAACUAGAAUUAGACUACACGAUUAUUACAAAAGAAACUUAUUAAAAAACUUUUUUAAAAGAUACAUGAAGACAUAAUUAUUAUAAAAAAUUAAAUAUUACAACAAUACUAAUAGUCUAGUAAAUUUUCUUCAGAACCUUUAAACUAUUGUCCAGCAAAUUUUUUUGUAACCGAAAAUGGAGCAUUACGGGAAUAAUUUUAUGGAAUAAUGUAGUAUUUUGCUUGUAUUUUAGUAUUUAAUUAUGUAUUUCUAUUUAUAAUUUUAUAUUUUAGUAUAAUAUUUUAUUAAUUAAUAUUAAUGUAAUAUUUUUAUAUAUGUGCUAGUUACUUAUAAUUUAUUUAUGAAUUUAUAUUAAUUAUGACAAAUAUAAAAACUAUAGUGUAAAUUAUAAAUAAUUUUGAAGUUAAAUUUGAAGUUUCACUUUUGGAGAAGAACACUUUUUGAAACUUCAAAUAUAGAGUUUUCUAAAUUCUAAAAUAAAGAGUUCUUUUAGAGAUGCUCUUAGUAGUUGCAAACAUAUAUGCUCGUAAGUCACUGUAAACAUAAAUGAAGAAAGAAGUAUAUUGAAAAAUAGUAGUAAAAUACUAAUGUUUCAUGUACAACAAGGCCAACUUAAGGGUGGAAGCUCCAUUGAUUCAGUGGUUUGAUUAACGGUUUUACUGUUUUUACAUAGGAGAUCUGAGAUUCAAAUAUUAGAGAAGGUAAAUUUAUGCAAAUUAAUGGAUAGAUUGUAGUGAAUUAUUUAAUUUUAAGACAACCACAAGCUUAAGAUCAAUAUUUAUUCUUAAAAUGUGUCGCUUUCAAGUAUAUAUAUAUAUAUUAUUUUUAUGUAUUAUAUGUUCUUUUAUAUAUUAUAAAAUAAUAAUUAUAUAUUGAAUAAUUAUAAAUAUUUAACUAUUACAUAUAUAAUUAAAUUGGUGCAAACACAUAAAUAAAUUUUAUUAAUCCAAACAAUCUUUUUCUAUUUAUAUGGUAUACAAUUAAAUUUAAAUAAUUUGAAAAUAGAUAUAUAUUACAUUCUUAAUAGUGAUAUCUAUUAAAUGAUGAAACAGCCAACAAUUUUAUAUUAUUAUUAUAAUUGAUCUAAAUACAUGCAGAACAAAAAGGUGACAUGAUAUAAAUGAAUAUUUAACAGAUUAUCAUGGAUCUCAUGAGUUUUGAAGUGGAUUUAAAUUUUGAUUUCAAAGUUUAGAGAGAUCGAAUGACUUAGAUCUGAAUUUUAAAGUUUAACUAUGCUGAAUUUGGCAGCUAAAAGUUCUUUCUAGAUCGUUAUUAUUAGACAUGAAUAUAUUUUUAUUUUCGUUCAUAGCUAGCUGUUCAUAUUUUUGUGACAUGUUAUUUUUACUAGUCACUAACAACAAUUAUAUUUGUGUAACAGAUUAUUUUUACUACUGUAAUUUGUAGAAAUAAUAUACUGAUGAAGAUAUGACAUGAUAUAAAUAUAUAUAACAAAUUAUUAUAAAAUAUAUAAUAAUUUUAAGAACAAGCAUAAAAUGUAAGAACAUAAUAAUUUAUUUUAUAAAGUACAAUGAUUAGAACUGAUCACAAAUUGAAAAUGUUAGCAUUUGUUUCACCCGAAAACACGAUACAUGAACAUGAGUUCUUUCGUCUAAAUUUUGUUUAUCUCUCUUUUGGCAAAAACCUAUAACUUAUAUACAAAUUUCUUUUUUUUGUACCUUGGUAUGUUAAUUGUGUCUACGUGAAAUAACACUAAAGCAUUGAUUUGGUGCAUUCAACUAGAGAAAAGAUGACAAUUCAUUCUGUAGAAAGUGCAUUUAAGACGUCAAUUGAGAUCAUAAGUUAAGAUUUUGUAUGAUUAGACGAGAUGGGAACAAACCAUUGAACAUGUUUAGAAUUGAUCGAUAGAGCAGAGUUCAGGUUGCUUUUAUGUGUGCAAUCCGGUUAGAUGGUUCAUGUUGAUAUGAAAUAUGUAGAACAAAGAACUAUAUCAAAAAGAAUUCGUAUCUAAAAUAAUAUAAAAUCUAAUGAUUUUUUCUUUUCUAUGUUUGAAGUAACGGUAACUUAACCAACGAACAAGUAAACCAUAUGUGAAUUGGGAUAUCACCAUUAUGAAAGUUACAAGUGAUUUAUUCAUCUGAUUAUUGCAAGUCUCGGAACCAAGUGGAGAUCAAGAAUUGAUUGAAGAUGAUCAAGUUAAUAUUCAAUUUUGUGGCUAAUCACCUCCAAUGAUCUAAAAAGAAAAUUAAUAUUCAUUCCCGCAAGUAAAGCAAAAACCAAUGAUACUAUUUUCUUAAAAAAAAAAUUGAAAAACUAGUAACCACCUCAUGUUCAUUUAACGGUAUAUAACUAAUUUUCCCUCUCCUCUUCCACGUAAAUUGAACUUUGAAACCUACGUACUGGCAUUUAGCAAUAACUGCUAAAUUAAAAGAAAAAACCAUUUACGAAAACAAAUAUGCGGAAUGGAUGGAACGAUUCAAGCAAGAUGAAACGUUUUGCUUUUUUGGGAAUCACAUCUCUCUUUAUGACAAUGGCCCUCUGUGCGGAAGCCGAUGAAGGCAGCAGCGCAAGUCGAAAAACCGAAGAGAUUCACCGUGGAAGCAAACUAAUGAUAACAAAGACAGCAGUGAGUAUAAUAUGUUCCUCCACUGAUUACAAACAAGAAUGCAUAGCGAGUCUGGAGACUGUGAAGUCCCCAGAUCCUCGCAAUCUGAUUAGAGCAGCCUUCGAUCUAGCAAUCAUAUCGAUUCGUAGUGGAAUAAACAGGGGGAUGACUGAUAUAGAGAGCAGGGCGGAUGCGGAUGUGCGAACGAGGGACGCACUUAAUAGUUGUUGGGAGCUUAUGGAUUUUGCAAUUGAUGAUCUUCUAAAAACGAGGGACACAUUCAAGGGGUUUCUGUUCACCAGAUUGUCAGAUUUCAUUGACGAUCUUCUAGUGUGGCUAAGCGGUUCAGUCACAUACCAACAAACGUGCAUCGACGGAUUUGAAGGGAUUGAUAGUAUAGCGGCCGAAAUUAUGGAAAUGGUUAUGAGGAAGGGGCAGCAUCUCACUAGCAACGGUUUAGCGAUCGCCUCAAAUCUCGAUGCUUUGUUGAAGAUUUUUCGUAUUCCGAUUCCAUUUCUCAGGCCAGGAAGUGGUGGACUCGGCAUUUUUCGUUCGGAUUCUCCAGAAGAACAGCCGUUGGAUUCUCCGGAAGGUUCUCCUCAAAUGGGAGAUUCUUCUGAUAAUCAACAAUUGGAUUCUUCCGAGGUUUCUCCUCAAAUGGGAGAUUCUUCAGAGAAUCAACGGUUGGAUUCUUCCAAGGAUUCCCCUCCUCAAAAUUUGAAUGGUCCCAAGAAACGACCGUUGGAUUCUUCCGAGAAUCAACCGAUGGAUUCUUACGAGAACCAACCGCUGGAUUCUUCUGAGAACCAAUCGCUUGAUUCUUCCAAGUAUUCUCCUCAUAAUUUGGACCCUUCCAAGAAUCAGCAACCAGACCUUUCCGAGAGUCGACCUUCAGAUUCUUACACUACCCAACAUUUGGAUUCUUCCAGAAAUCUACCGCUCGAUUCUUCAGAGAAUACACGUCAAAAGUUACAUUCUUCAGAAAGCCGGCCGAUGGAUCCGCUUCGAGCAUUGAAUCCUUUUGGAAAAUUGGAGGAUAGACACUUAUCAGAGGAAGGAGGGUUCCCACGGUGGGUAACAACGCAUUCCCGGAGGCUGCUUGCAGCACGUGGAAGAAGAAUUAGGGCGAACGUAGUGGUGGCAAAAGACGGGAGUGGUAAGUGCAAGACGAUCAAACAAGCAUUAGCAAUGGUACCAAUGAAGAACAGAAGGAAGUUCGUGAUUUACAUAAAACAAGGUGUUUAUAAGGAAAAGAUUGAGGUAACGAAGAAAAUGAAAAACGUCAUGUUUGUUGGAGAUGGGCCAACAAAAACUAUCAUCACGGGAAACGUCGCAUUUUUGCCCGAUCGCAUCGGCACCUACCGCACUUCCACAGUCGCGGUAAAUGGUGACUAUUUCAUGGCGAAGGACAUAGGGUUCGAGAACACGGCAGGAGCAGCACGCCAUCAAGCAGUUGCACUCCGAGUUUCGGCCGAUUUUGCUGUGUUCUUCAACUGUCAUAUGAAUGGUUACCAAGACACACUUUACGUCCAUACACACCGUCAAUUCUAUCGUGACUGCCGCAUCUCAGGCACCAUCGAUUUCGUCUUCGGUGAUGCCAAAGCCGUUUUCCAAAACUGUGAAUUUGUCAUCCGCCGUCCCAUGGAUAACCAGCAGUGCAUCGUUACAGCCCAAGGACGGAAAGACCGGCGUGAGACGACCGGGAUCGUUAUCCACAAUAGCCGUAUAACUGGCGAUGCAACAUAUCGUCCCGUCAAAGCCAAGAACAGAGCGUUUUUGGGACGGCCAUGGAAAGAAUAUUCAAGGACAAUCAUAAUGAACACAAAUAUCGAUGAUGUGAUAGACCCAGAAGGUUGGUUGAAGUGGAACGAAACGUUCGCUCUCAAAACGUUGUUCUACUCCGAGUAUCGCAACAGAGGUCGUGGCUCGGGUCAGGCCCGCCGGGUCAGAUGGAGGGGUAUUCGACGAAUCUCUGCUAGGCAAGCCAGGGGGUUCGCUCCCGGGGAAUUUUUACGUGGCAACGCAUGGAUCACAAAGAGACGCAUUCCUUACAACGCUUAUUGAAAGCUUGUCUGUUUUUUUUUUUGCCAAACAUGAACCCAUGUCUCUGUAGUUCUAUCUUUCUUUUUUUCAAGGAGAAGCUCUUUGUGUAUAUAAAUCUGGAGCGAAAGAAAAUUUGUACAGUUUUUUUAUUGGGAGGUAUAUAGUAUAUGUAUUGUAUUCCUAGGUUCAUAUAUAUUGUCAGUUUGUCACCACUAAAACAGUCAACAUCCUAAAUCGAAAUCCAUGUCCCUCUCCAAUCAUUGUGUAUCCUCAUGAGGUUUCCAGAAAACAGAGUUAGAAUCAAAAGGACUUUCUCUGUUCUUAGAGAAAGCAGUGUAGACUAUAUCAACGGCGACCUAUAUAUUGAUUCUUGAUUGUUAGUGAAAAGGUUAGAGAUUGGUUUGUUUUUGUUGGUGUUAGGAUUCUAACCAUUCUGUAGAUCACUUUUCCUACUCCAUCUGAGAGGUAAGUCUGUUUUGAAGCUGUAUCAUCCAUUAACCGGGUGUUUUUUCUUCUAUGUUAGUUGCUGAUAUGAAUGUAUUUGAUGAUUACAUAUUGUCUUUAUAUCCGUUUGCUAGGAUCAUGUCCGAUCAUGCAUGGGAGUCGGGAGAUAAUAGGUACUUUCACUGUUCACGGCUAGGCAUGGGCAAAAAAAUCUGGAACCGCGGAACCGAACCGGAACCGAACCAAAAUACCUGAAACCGGAACCAGACUGAAACCCUCAAAUAUCCGAACGCUUACUAUAUUUCUAUAUCCAAAAUAACAGAACUGAGAACCGAACGAAUACCCGAAUAUAUAAAAAUAAUAAUUAUAUAUACAUACUGUAUAAGUUUAUAACAGAACUAAAUAUAUAUUUUUUUAAUUUAAAAAUCAAUUAAAAAUAUCCGAACACCCGAAAGUAUCAGAAACUAUCCGGAUAGUUUUAUCCGAAAUAUCCAAAGUAAUCCGAAAUAUCCAAACUUCUUAUUUAAAUCAUCCUAAUUAUUUGAUAUUUUACCAUAAAUAAGUGAUAUUUUAUCCGAGUUACCCGAACUACCUGAAUCCGAACCAGAACCAAAUGAGAACCAAAUUUUUCUGGAAAUUUUUUUGUUCCUAGUUUUACUAUCUGAACUGAACUAAACCCAAAACUAUAUGAACCGAACCGAACCGAAAAAUAGAUCAAGUAGUAAAUGGAUCUUCUAGCUCCAUACCCGAAACUCGAAAUAAUCGAACGGAACUGAUGCCCGAAAUGCCCAGAUAUGGGAAUCGCCUCUUGAAUAUAAGGUAGGUAUCAUUUUGAUCGUAGUUAUGUUUGGUUUUGUUAGGGAUAUUUUAAAGUUUGUAUAACAUUUGGAGUGUUCAAAUCUAAUCUCCAGAUGGUAGACGUUUAUUUAAGUAUAUCAGGCGUCUGAAUGUGGACUUGGUGUAAAGACUGUUUCCUCGUCUACAUAUAGUUAUUUGAGAAUUUGUACUCCCUACAUACCACUUUUCCCUUAUUUGUACUCCAUACCCUAUAUCCUUCCAAUUUUCUUCCCCCCAACAUUACCAUUUUCCCCCCAUUCAAUGAUAUCCCACAUUUGUUAGUAUAUUUAGCUAAUUUACUCGUUAUUUUACAAGAGCAUUGAGUCACUAAGAGGGAUUUGACAUGUAGGUCAUGUUUGUUUUGAAAUUCAGACGCUGCAUCUGGAUGCUAUCUUUUAGAUGUCGUUCAUUUCAACAAUAUUGCAUCAAUAUUUAGAUACAACAUCUAUAAUAUCUACAAUAUCUAGAUUCUUAAAAUGCUAAAAGUAGAGUUUGGAUGCUACAUUUGCAUUUCAAAAUACAAAAGACCUAAAUAGCUUAAUACAAAUAUAAAAUUAAUUAAAUUAGUUCUUACAAUUAUUAUAUAAUAUUAUUAUUUUUAAUCUGAAAAUUGUAAAUUUUUCUCCUAAACCGAAAACAUGUUUUUCCACCAAACCAGAACAUAUGUUUUUCCUCCGAAACCCGAAAACCCAUUUUUCGCCAAAACCCCCGAAAACACGUUAUCCCGCGAAAACUUGAAAUAUGCAUUUUCCCCACCAAAACCUGAAAAUGCGUUUUCCGCAAAAAAAAAAAAACAUGCUUUCCCACCGAAUCUGAAAACAUGUUGUCCCGCUGAAACCCGAAAAAUGUGUUUCCCGAGAAAAACGGAAAAUCGCGUCUUCUCGACAAAACCCAAAACAUAUUUAUCCGCCAAACCUAAAAAUUGUGUUUUCUUGUCAAAACUGGAAAAUGUAUUUUCCUAUCAAAACUGGAAAAUAUGUUUUCCCGCUAAAACUGGAAAACGUGUUUUUUCCGCCAACACUGAAAAAUUUGUUUUACACCAACACUGGAAAAAUCGUAUUGUCCCGUAAAAAUCGCAAAUUGUAUGUUUUCCUAAAGAAUCUCAAAAUUAAUUUUCCCAUAAAAAUUUGCAAAAUCAUUUUUUCCGCAAAAAUUGCAAAAUAAUUUAUUUAAAUAUUAUAAUCAAUUCAUUAUUAAGAAUAAAAAUUUCACCUUUUUUGUUAUUUUAACUACUAAUAUUCUUUUUUUAUAAAAAAACUACUAGUAUUCAAAUGCUAUUAUAAAAUCCAAAAAAUGAACAAUAUAAGAUUCAGAUGUUGCAUCUCAAUGUAAAUAUAAACUAUAAAAACGAACAAUAUUUAAAUGAAAUGUCUAGAUGUUGCAUUCAGAUGCAGCAUCUAGAUAUUGCAUUCAAAUGCAUAAACAAACAUGGCCUUAACUAAAAAGGUAAAGUGGAAUCCUUUGAGUUGAUCGUUGGGAUCUCAUCAUCUCACUAGGUUUUGUGAUGGGUGUGGUUGUUACCUCUUCAGCUUUGUUCUGCUUUAUGUACCAUAGAAAGAUAUUUUAGAUUGGCAACAGUGCUUCUAGAAGAACCGCUACUCUUUUCUAGUAGAAUCUUGCAACAUUACGUCUGAUUAAGUUUUUAAAGCAAAACCGCAAACAUACAUAAUCACGUUUUAUUUUCCACACUGCAUUUUUUGUAUUUGUAAAGUACUUGUAAAAUUACAUUUUUGACAUUAGUUCACCAUAUACCGUUCAGCAGGUUACCAUUCACGGCCUG